AGGCGCACGUGGGGCGCGGGCGGCACGUGGCGCCCGGUGCUCCCGCCCCGCAGCCCCGCAUGGAGCGGCGGCGCGCGCCCGCCGCGCCCCCCCCGCUACGGGCGGCGCCGGUUCUGGGACACGCUCUACCGGCGGGAGGGCGCCGAGACCCGCGAGUGGCUGGGGGGGCUCUCCCGCUUUCUCCCGCAGCUGGAGCCCGAACUGCGCCCCGGUGACCGCAUCCUCGUCCUCGGCUGUGGCAACAGCGCCCUGAGCCACGACCUGCACGAGCUGGGCUACACCGACGUCACCAGCAUCGACUUCUCGCCCGCCUGCAUCGCGGCCAUGCGCGCCCGCCACGCCCGCUGCCCCGGCCUGCGCUGGGCCGUCAUGGACAUCCGCGCCCUCGCCUUCCCCGACGCCUCCUUCGACGUCGUGCUGGAGAAGGGCACCCUCGACGUGCUCAUGGUGGAGGAAACCGACCCCUGGCGCGUCUCGCCCCAGGCGGCCGCCGCGAUGCGCCGCGCGCUGGCGGAGGUACGGGGUGAGGGGGCAGAGGGUGGACCCCGUCCCCCUUGGGGUGGGGGAAGGUGCUGAGUGCCUCCUCACCGCCCUGCUUCCCUGUGGGUGUUUGUGUGCUCCCAGCCGGUGCUGCCCCUCAGCUGGGCUGCAGCUCCCAGCACUCCUGGGGGUGGCAGACUGGCCCCUCCUGCAGCCCAGCAUUUCCUCCCCAGGGAGGUGGAUGGAGCAGGAUGUGUCCCUGGGUCCUGCUGGGGGAGUGGGUGACCCCUCUCUUUAUCUGCAUGCUAAAUACAAAGAGUUGGCCGGAAAAAUGGGCCCCAUGCUGGCGUGGGCGGCUGCAGGGGACCCAGGGGGACGCACCGAGGUGGCCCCGAGGUGGCCCUGCCUGCCCAGGGCAAGGUGAUGACCGUGGGGCUGAGACAGCUCUGCCCCCCCCCCCGGCCCAGCUUCGAUCGCCUUAGCCGGGGUCCCCAUCAUCUGGUCUGGUGUUGCCAUGGCAACUCCCAUCAGCAUCGACAGGGCCGUGGCGUUGCCACGGGGACGGGUGAUGCCUCGGGGCCCUGUUAAUUGGCGGCGGGACCGGAUUGAACCUGUCCCGGCGCGGGGGUGCAGGUCCUGGCAGCCUCUCCCACCCUGCGGGAAUAACUGCCAGGAUAAUUAAUUGCUGCGCCUCCCUGGCACCCUGGGCUUGCAGGCACAGGGUGCUGGGAGGGUGCUCAUGGCUGUUGACAGCCCUCCGGAUCCUCUCUUGCCUGGCUGAGCCUGUGAGGGAGUGCAGCCCCCGGCAGGGCAGUGGGGCUGAGCUCGCUAUCCGUGCCUGCCCUCCUUGCCAGCGCUGCUGCCUGUCCUUGUCAUUUUGCCAAACGGCAGGGAUUUAAUUUUCCCUUUUUUUUUUCCUUUUUAAUCCUCUGCUCAAUCCCUGCCCUCCCCCAGCAUCGCUGGGUACCAGCUUCCACCCGCAGCCGGUCCCUGCUGUCCUCAUCCCCAGGGGGAUUCGCUGGGUGUUCCCACUUGCUCCCUGCCUUGGAAGUCCCUUCAGAGGGGUCUGUGUGUGGUACCUCCCUCCCCACCCUCAUCCCCCUUCACUGGGGGGUUCACAGCCUCUUCCUCUCCCGGGGGCAUGUAAGGACCUGAAAAUCCGCCCUGCCUGCGGGGACACCCCAGGGACACCCUGUCCCAGGAGCUGGGGACAGCGGGUGUGGCGGGAGCGGGCAGCAGCCCCCUCGGCCCCCCUGCUCCCGCUGACGGAUGGGAAGGUUUCCUGAUGGGAAGGUUUCCUGCGCUCGUCUCCAGGCAACGGCCAUUAUUGCUCUAUUAACGAGGGAUGGGAUGUGGACAUGCGGGAUGCCUCGCUCAGUUCCAGCCGGAGAUCCCUGCCUGCCCCCACCUCCGGGGACCCCCUCCCCGCCCCUAGCUUGGGAAGCUGUGGGGUCUUCCCAGGGCAGAUUUUCAAAAGCUUAGCAGGAGGGAUACUGAGCCAAGUGCCCAGAGAGGGAUGUAGGGAGCUGCCUUCCCCUUUUCCUGGCCAAAACCGGUAGGGUUUGGUUCAAAAGCCACCGCCGCAGCAGGGGAGGACACGCAGGCUGCCUGUCCCCUCCACCGGCCCCAGCCAGAGCUCCCCAGCUGGAGCUUCCCAGCAGGAUUAAACCAGAGCUCGGGAAACCCCCCCCUUGGCCCUCAGCCCUGUCCCCUGCAGCGGUGACUCUGUGCCCUUGCCGGGGGGGGCUGGGGGUGUCCCUGCCUGGGGCAGGGUGCCGGGGAGGGGGCUGGACGCCCGCCCGCCCCGGGCACUGCCUUUGCAUGCUGAGCACGCGGGCGCUGGCCGUAAAAGCCUUUUGACAUUGGAUAAAGCCAAGCAGGAAAAUUGAUGUUCUUUUCCAUCCUGUUAGCGGGGCUUAAUUCCAGCAGGGAGAAAAUGGUGAUUAAAAGGGUUGAGUCCU